AUGAAGAACCAAAUUAAUAAUGAAAAGACAGAAAAAGGCUUAACAACGGCUAUUGAUAUACCUACUACUGCAGCAAUAACAGAUAAUAAAUCAAUUUCAAUUGAAAUUUCAACAGAUGAUGAAGAAGAAACAAAAAAGAAUAGUGUCUUUCGUCAAUACUAUAGGCGUUAUAGACCCUUUAUUCAUAUUGCCUAUUUUGUCAUUUUCACAGGUUUCUUAGCAGCUGCCUAUGCCCUUCAAGUUCCUAAAGGGUAUAAUAAAGAAAACUUAGUCUUGGGUCUUAUUUACGCCUUUUUCUGUCUUAAAUUCCUCUUCAAAUAUGUGCCUACUACUAUCAUCACUCGUCCAUUUUCGUGGUGUGUUCGUAAAGUAGGGGAACCUAUUAUGAAAUUACCCUAUCGAAUUCGGAUUAUAAGUUAUGCGAUCUUUGUAUUAGCCGUGAUUGUGGUUACUGUAUUCUCAUUACCAGCAAAACCUGAAUCACCACGUAUUCAACGUCUUAUCGGUCUCUUUGGUAUGUUUGUCUUUAUGUUCGUAUUAUGGGCUACCUCCAGUAAUCGUCGUAAAGUCAACUGGAAUACAGUUUUAACCGGUCUAUUAUUUCAAUUCAUUUUGGCUCUCUUUGUAUUCCGCUGUAGUGUGGGUCAAGCUAUUUUCCAAUGGGCCUCUAAUUUUGCACAAGGUUAUCUAGGAAAGGCAUCACACGGUACCUCCUUUGUAUUUGGAGAUAAAGUAGCAGAUUCAGGACUCUUUGCCGUCACCGUCUUCCCUACUGUCAUCUUCUUUGCAGCCACUGUACAAGUUCUUUAUUAUUUUGGUGCACUUCAAUUUUUACUGAAAAAAUGUGCAGUCUUCUUUAUGGCGCUUUUACAGGUAUCAGGUGCAGAAUCGGUAGUCGCAGUUGCUUCUCCCUUUUUAGGACAAGGUGAAAAUGCUUUACUUAUUAAACCUUUUUUACCCUUCUUGACCAAUUCUGAGAUGCAUCAAAUCAUGUGUUCUGGUUUUGCAACGAUCUCAGGAUCCGUCUUGUAUGGUUAUAUUGCUAUGGGUGUAUCGGGACAAGCUUUAUUGACAUCUUGUAUUAUGUCUAUCCCCUGUUCCUUGGCAGUAUCCAAGUUACGUAUGCCUGAAGAAGAAGAAUCGAUUACAGCAAAUGAAGUACGAGUACCACCUAGUGAUGAAAAGCCAGCAAAUGUUUUACAUGCCGCUGGAUCUGGUGCAGCCACGGGUAUGAACAUUGCUCUCUUGAUGUGUGCCAAUUUAAUUUCCUUAUUGGGUUUGUUAUAUGCUGUCAAUGCUGGUUUAACAUGGCUUGGUAAUUUCUUAACGAUUCAUGAAUUAACCUUACAAUUAAUUACUGGCUAUAUCUUUGUUCCUGUUGCUUGGAUUAUGGGAGUAGAUACAAAAGAUGUUGUGAUAGUUGGACAGAUUUUAGCUACCAAGAUUUGGGCUAAUGAAUUUGUUGCUUAUGAAGCAUUAACAACGCAAUAUAAAAAUAUUCUCUCUUAUCGUUCACAUGUAAUUACUACUUAUGCAGUCUGUGGUUUUGCUAACCUUGGAUCUGUGGGUAUGCAAAUUGGUGUAUUAAGUACAUUAGCACCAAAACGUAGUGGUGAUAUUGCGCGUUUAGCUGUGUCUGCCAUGUUAUGUGGUGCUGUCUGUACCUGGGUUUCUGCAACCAUUGCAGGCAUGCUUUUAUAA